UGUUAAAGCACUUGUGUGUGCUAUGAAGUUUCUUGUUUCCCUAAGUGAGUCACAAGUAUCUCCAUAUCAACUGGCUGAGAUGGAUCUGUAGGUUAAAACCCUAUUUCGACGUAGGACUAGAGGGCAAGAGUGUUCUGAGUAUCCUUCUAAUCAUGGAUUGCUGUGACAGAUUCCUUGGACAAUUCAGGGACUUCAAGAGGGAUGACUUUGAGGCCGAUUGGAUUAAGGUGGCUGAAGGCAGAUUUGGUCAGGUGUACCAAGUCAAAGUCAAGCUCUGGCGGGAAAAAUGUGCCCUGAAAACCUUUGAUCCAACCUUGUGCAGCAAGAACUUUUACAGGAAAAUAACAGAUGAGGUGUCCAACAUAGCCAAACUAAAGUUCAAAUACAUCAUGUCCAUCUACGGAGUGUGCAGUGACGCUACUGCUGUUGUUAUGGAUUACAUGAGUAACGGAUCCCUGAACAAUCUCCUGUCCAAUCACAACUUCAUGUGGCAAAAGAAGUUUCAGAUGAUCCAUGAGAUCUCCAUGGGGAUGAAUUUUCUUCACAGCAUGAAACCUCCCCUGCUCCAUCUUAACCUUAAGACAUCCAAUAUCCUACUGGAUGAUCAUCUUCAUGUCAAGAUUUCAGAUUUUGGUAUAAUCCACUGGAAGGACGGCAUGUUCAAGACGCCGUUCAUGGAGCGCCUGACAGCAAGAGGGAACAUAAAUUAUAUUCCUCCUGAGGUCUUUACCCAGUGCCCUGAUUCACCAGGAACUGCUUUUGAUGUUUACAGCUUCGGGAUUGUGAUGUGGGAGAUACUGACACAGCAGAAACCCUACGCAGGGUGCAGUGUGACCAAAGUGCUGCUGCAAGUGUCAAAAGGGAAGAGGCCCUGUUUGGACAUGAUUCCUGAGGAAAAGCCCCAGGAGUGUGACGAACUGAUCAACAUCAUGAAACAGUGUUGGGACAAGACUCCCCAGAUGAGACCCCCGUUCUCAGACAUUGUGUGGAAAACAGAGACUCUGAACGAAGUCGUAAAGAUCCCAGGACCGAUAAAAAAUGGUGGUACUGAGCAGAAAUCAAAUUACUCCUGGAUGUUCUCUCCAGUACAUAAAAUCACGUUGCCUGAGAUGUCUGAUACACCUUCAGUAAGCACAGCUGACCAACAUGGCAAGGAUGGCAUUCUCUCUAUGCUAUCCAAAAAGGACUUCAGUAGUUUCAGGCAGUCUGUGAAAAGAGAGGACGUGUACAUGCAGUUUUCGGGCCAAAAGAGCCUCCUUCACUUCACAGUAGCCAGCGGUGAUGCAGAGAGUGUCAAGCAUGUCCUGAGUCUGGGUGCUGAAGUAAACUGUACAACUGCCAGAGGUUAUACUCCCCUUAUCAUCGCUGUUCUACAAAGGUUUUAUGACAUCAUCUCUUUGCUGCUGGAACAUGGAGCAGCUGCAACACAAGGAGAUGAAGAUCAAUGGACACCUCUGCAUUUCGCUGCACAGAAUGGUGACGACAGAACCAUUCGUCUCCUGCUGGAAAAAGGAGCUGUGGCCGACGCGCAAGAAAAAGCCGGAUGGAUGCCAUUGCACCUGGCGUGCCAGAAUGGCCAUGAAACAGUGGUGCGCCUGCUGCUUUCGCGGCUGUCGGAAGACUCUAUUGUGGAUCAGGAGGAGGAUGAAGGAAAAACGCCGCUCCACCUAGCCUGCUCCUACGGACAUCUCACCAUUGUCAAACUUCUCCUUGCUCGUGGUGCGGAUCCGAAUGCUACAGACUAUUCUUUCUCUACUGCUCUUCAUCUAGCAGCUGAGCAAGGCUAUAAUCGUGUAGUCAGACUAUUGGUGACUUAUGAGGUCAAAACUGAUAUUUCAGACAUCAGGGGAUACACUCCACUUCAUCUGGCUGCGCUGAAGGGUCAUGCGGGCAUUUGCAGGCAGCUGCUGAGUUUGGGAGCCAACCCAAACUCCAAGACUGACCAAGGGUGGACUCCCAUACACCUGGCAGCUCUAAGAGGACACGAAGCUGUGGUGGUCCUUCUGGAGAGUAAGGGUGGUUCAGUGAACCUAAAAGGCCAGAACGGAUGGACUCCACUACACCUGGCCUGCCACCAGGGUGAAUCAGAGGUAGUGGCAAAGCUCCUGGGAGCCAAAGCUGACCCAAACACCACAGAGGACAGUGAGGGAUGGACACCCCUGCACAUAGCCUGUACCAGUCUUUGUUUCCCAUGUGUCCUCCACCUAAUAUCACAUCAAGCAGAUGUCAAUGCAGUAAACACAAGAAAUGCAACGCCUUUACACCUGGCUGCCCAACAUGGCUGCGUGCCCAUUAUUAAAGGUCUGCUGUUGAACGGAGCAGACUGGACACUGGUGGACUCUUCUGGAUCCACAGCUCUGAAUGUAGCCCAGCGGUGUGAAAAAUGGGAAAUUGUGGAGCUACUAAAGAAUAAAUGUGAAGAGUAAUUUUAUUGCAACCAGUGUUAAAGAAGAAAUUGCAGCAAAAUGAAAAUAUUAUUGACCACCGUGGAAUAUUGUUUGUCUGCGGAUUGGCGUUUUGGUCACACACCUUAUGACAGGAUGUUAAAGUUUUUUGAAUAUUUUGGUAUCUUUGUCAAUAAUCAAGAUUCAGAUUGUUUUAGAAAGGCUACUUCAAUUAAAUCAUCAGAAGUAUAAAUUUAAAGCAACAUUCACAGACUUUCUCCUUUUUAUUUGUCCAACAUUCCUGCCAAAAUAUAUCAUAGGGUUCAACACAGAUUUUGCUCAGGCUGAAUAGGUAGUAGAUGGGCUUGGUCUCAGCGAGGCCUUUACUAAAUAAAAUAAAGAUAAAUAAGGUAAACUAGAUUUUAAAGACAAAACAUACUGAUUUAUCUCUUUGAAGCAUUUUGUGUGCACUCAAUGUGAAUUAUUCUUGUAGUUGGAAGAAAGCAAAAUAAAAGGAGAGCAGUUUUAAGAACGUCUAGAUCUUUUUAUU